AAAGCGGAAGUUGCGGUACACGAAGCCGUCUGUCAUGGCGGCGGAGGCGUGUCAACAAAUAGCGUGACGUCACGAUGACAGGCCCCUUUCAACUCUUUGAUGCUUUGAUCUUCUCUUCCCGAUAUAAGUGUUUUUUUCGUUAUGAAUUUCUACACCAAAUGCCAAAGAAGCAGACAAGUGUUGCUGUCGUUGGUGUGCAUCUUCUUUCCUAAAGAUAAGCAAGUGUAUACAUGGUGAUGAUGUGGCACUUCCUUUGGCCUUCUGUCCUCCUGGGAGUGUCUCUCAACAUUUGUCCAGCAUGCCCUCUGGAAAUCCAGAAGGAAAUGAACCACUACUACGUUUCCAGAAGGAAAUGAACCACUACUACGUUGCCAGGGGGUCAAGUGUCCAGCUACCCUGUGCGUACACUCACACCGUGGACUCUCAGCAGUACACGGAGGUCUUGUGGAGUAUCGAGUCUGCAGACCGAGAGGAGCAACCCAUCAUUUGGUUUACUGGCGGCCGCUUGUAUUCCGAUUUGUACAAACCAAUGGAGGGGAGGGUCCACUUCACAUCAGCCGAUCCCCAAAAUGGAGACGCGUCUAUCAUUAUCAAAGAUGUACGUCUGUCAGACACGGAGAUGUACCGCUCUCUGGUGAAGAAGUUACCAGAACUGGACAAGAAGAUCUUAGACCUGACAGUCAUGGAGGCACCCAGGCAGCCUCUGUGCAGUGUGGACGAAGAAGACAACAGUAUGACGCUGAAAUGCAGCUCUCUGCAAGGCACCCCACCUUUGCAUUACAUCUGGCCCAAGUCCAGCGGAAAUAAGGUCUUGCCUCCUCAGACCACUGUGGACCCCACAGGAGCCACCAUGCAUUUCAACAUCACCGAGCGGGCGUGUGGAAGCUAUCGAUGCACGGUGGAAAGUAUGGUGGGCACCAAACACUGUGACCUUCACCUGGACUGUUCAUUGCCCCUGGCCAACAAUGUGAGCAGUCCACGAUUGCUGACAACCACGGCAGUUGCUGCAAUCGUUGUCACUAUCACCACACUCUUCAUUGUCACAGUUGUCCUUGCCGUAUUCCUCUACCGCAAACGAAAAGAACAAUCCCAGGACAUUGAAUUAGAAAAAUAGUUCUAUGUUUUUCAUUUGUUAAUGUUCGAUAAGUGAUUAUCACAAUUGUUGACAUUGUUUGUUAUGUUAAAUCUUUUACCGCUAUGGCAUUUUGAUUAAAAUCUCACUUUACUCAUGUGUUGAAUCUAUUAAACAAGUUCUAUGUUAUUUCUAGUACGUCAGUUGUCUUUUUCAUACACUUCACACACUACAUUUUACACACUACAAAACUAAAAGGUUACACUUGGGCAAAAAAGCACAUUUUGUAAAG